AGUUCUAAAUACUCAUAGAGCAAGAUGUUUUCGUCAAUGAAACUUAUAUGUAUAGUGCUAUUUACGCUGCGAAUUGGAGCUCAGAUUUCAAAUGUCAAGGAAGCUCACGAACUAACUGAAGGAGAAAAACAUGUUUUAGUCAGGGAGCAUCUUCGGGCACGAAGAGAUGCCAAACCUGCACCAUCCGACAUGCUCUUCAUGACCUGGGAUAAUACCCUCGCAGAAGAAUCUGAACAGAUAUCAAGGCAGUGCAUUUACGAACAUAGCCAGUUGAAAUCGGACAAAUAUCCAUUCGUUGGUGAAAAUAUUUUUCUUGCAAGCGGAAUGACAGCGGACGAAUCAUUAAUGGAAGGUGCAGUUCAGAUGUGGGAAAGUGAAAAGGAAAAUUUCGACUUCGAUUCAAACUCCUGUGCUUCUUCUGCAGUUUGUGGACACUAUACACAGGUUGUUUGGGCGAAAUCUAACAAAGUUGGAUGCGGACUGACAGUGUGUCAAGAAAUAGAUGUGGGAAGCAAAAAGUUCACUGAUGCGUCUUUGAUGUUCUGUAGAUAUGCACCAGCUGGAAAUGUAAUAGGACGAGCGCCAUACGAGACUGGAGAACCGUGCUUCGAUUGCGACGUUGAUGAACAGUGUAUACUGAAUUCGUGUGCGAAUCAAGAGAGAGAUGGUAACGCGGACUAUGCCGAAUGGUUGAAAAUAGUCGGUGAAUCAGCUCCUGAUAAAACUGGCGACAGUUCAAGCUGCAGGCCGUCUUUGGAAUUCUUCAACUUACUGUCAUUUGCUGUACUCUUGUUUUUCUAUAAUGGACUUUAAAAUAUGGAUGAAUAAAUAUAAAAGUGCAACAUUAGCA